AAUAUGGAACGUAUGUGGUCAUGAUCCAUUCGAAAGAUGUUACGAUUAAAGAUGACCUUAUUGGGUUCUAUGUAUCGAAAAGGCUGUUAUAUUUAACAUGAAUAUUAACGUGUUUAAGUAAUACAUCGGCUUUGGAUUAUUCAAAGGGUUUAUGUUGCAUAGAAAACACGCAUAUAUGACCGAGAAUAGAGAGGAAGUUGUAGGUCUUCUUGCAACGCUCCCACAGUCUCUGUGACCACGACUUACGUUCGAUAGGAGGAUGUAUCAAGUUACUUAUUCUCCGUUAACAUGCACGAAGGAAACCGGUUCGUGUUCUCUCACAGCAAUGUUGAAGCCAAUGCGAAUGGUGUCUCAUCAUGAUUCACGAAAGUGCACCUCUUCUUUUUAAGGACGUUAAUUCGGAUCUUUCUUUAUUUUUUGCUACUUUGUGUAUUGUUGAUAUAUUUGGUGUUUUUCCAAUUAUCGCUUUGCCAAGUGCUAUUGUUCAGUGCGGAUUAUUUGGAAUUCCUUUGAUACUUGUUGUUUUUGGAUUACAAAUAUACACAGCUGCACUUCUUGGAAAAUCAUGGAUCAUAGCUACGAAUUUGGAUCCAUUGAUCUUUCGAAAAAAUCGGUAUCCUUUAGCAGCAGUAACCGAAUUAACGCUGGGUCCACGAGCACGAACUAUUGUAACUUUUCUUUUGGAUCUUACAAUUUUUGGUUGUGGAAUACCCAAUUUAUUGGUCGCGUCGCAGAAUCUACAAAUGUUUGGAGUUAGAAUAUCGGAUGAACGAUUUGAUCUUUCUUUUUGUUAUUGGUUACUUCUCGUCGGUAUGCUUCUCUGUCCUUUCAUGUGGUUAGGAAGUCCACGAGAUAUGAAAUGGUUGGCAAUGUUUUCGUGCGGUACGAUCAUUUUUACCGCAAUACUGAUUUGGUGGUGCAUCAUUAACGAUGAUCGAACAAUCGAUCAUUUGCCGAUACCAACUUCGCCAACUUGGGAUAAAUUUAUAUCUGGUUACGGUAUGUUGGCCUUUUUGUUUGACGUACAUCCAACACUGAUGACCAUUCAAGUUGACAUGCACAAUCCUCGUGAUAUCAAUAAAGCCAUUAUUUUUUCCUUUAUUGUCAGUAUGUUACUUUUUGGAGUAACAACGGGCUUGGCUAUGUGGAAAUAUGAAGGAAAUGUAACAGCAAAUAUUCUUCAAAAUGUACCAACAGGAUUUGCAAUAAAUGGUGCUAUCUUAUUAGCUGCUCUUCAAUUAUGUUUAUCCAGUGCAUUAGGACAUUCAGCACUUUUUCAACAUCUUGAAGAUAAAUUUCAAAUAGAGAGGGCAUUCGGAUGGAAACGUUGUGCCAUAAGAUCGGCAGUUGUUUUUUUCGGAGUUGCUAUAGGAGAAUCAGUACCGCGCUUCGAUAUAGUAAUGGCUCUGAUUGGUGGAUCACUAACGGGACCAUUGGUUUUCGUACUUCCGCCAUUGAUGUAUGCCAGAGCGGUAGCUUUGAAAAAUAGAGCGGAUCAUGUUUCGACACCAGAAAUUUAUUCGGCGGCUGAAAGACGAUUAAGUAUGAGCGAUGUUAAUUUAGAUCCGAGAAUUCAUUCAAGAUCCGUCUACGAUGGUUUUCUGGGAGUUGCUAAAUCCAUACCAUAUCGAUAUUCAUACGUUUAUUAUUAUGAUAUGGAAAAUGAAAUUGACGAACGAUUAGAAGAGGAUGAGAUGGAUCACGAAGAAAAUUAUUCUAAUCUUAUAAGCUUGAACGAAUUUUCAUUAAUGAGAAGAGAUCGUCAAGAAGAGGCUAUUUUUAUCGACGCUAGUCAACCAUCUUUAAGAAAUCGUCGAAGACGAGUUCAUUUGGCACAAGCACCGUCUAAAUCUCUAGUACUCUGUGAUCUUAAAAAGACAAUGAAUUGGUUUGGUUAUUUCAUUGUAAUUAUUGGGAUAGGAAUCACAAUAUCGUCUACUUACAUUAACAUUAAAAAUACUAUUCGUUAUGUACGUUUUACACCGCCAUGUAUCAUUAAUGCUAGUGUUGUACAAGAUGCUAUUUAAUUGUAUUUCUUUGUGUUGUUUUUUUUUUUAUUUUUAUGUUUUAUGGGUAUCGCUUAUGUACGUAGCAUUUACGUUUUUGUAUAUUAUAUGUAUCACAUAAAUGAAUGUAUAUAUAUAUAUGUAUAUAUGUGGACAUGUAUAUCAAAUAAUCACAUAAUAAUGAUUAAAAAAUUAUUAAGAAAAAUCUGUAUAUUUAUAACGUUUGUGAAUUCGCAAAAGAUAAAAUAUAUCUUUGUAAUAUAUAUAUAUAUAUAUACACACGCGUGUGCGCACACACAUAUAGCCUGCAAAUUAAUUUUAUUAUGUUUAUUAUUGAAUCAAUACAACUAGAAAAUGGUCACUGUUUUAAAUCACAUGCCAAAAAGAAUGAACAACAAGUUUCUUAUCUAGCAUAUCUUUUUUUAGUUCAUAACAUAUAAGAAGAAUCUUUUGUUAAGUUUAAUAUACACUGAGAAAUAAUGAUAGUAGUGCCAAACAUUUACUACUCUCUUAUGUAAUAAAUUCUUUCUUUGCUUAAACUUUUGUAAUAAAAAAUUGUAUGCAUACAUAUAUUAAACAUUUUAUAUUUUACAUUUAUAUGAUAAUUUAAAAGUUAACAGGAAGUAUUUCAUAUAUUAAUAAAAAAGUGUGGGAAAAUUCAAAUCUUCGUUUUGAAUCUAUAUAAAAAUAGCGAAAAAAAAAUUACAAAAAUAUGUUUUGAAUCGUAAUACUUUGUCUAAUUUUGUUGUUAUCAUUUCAAACAUAUUUCAUGCAAAAAUACAAUAAUUUUGUUAUUUUCUUAUCGGAGAUCUAUAUAUAACCUAUCAUUUAUAUGAAGAUGUGAAUAUCAAAUAAUGUUAUCUAAUGUCUAAGAUUAAAGUUAAGAUAUUUUCUUAAACGAAAAUAGCUCUGAUCUUUCUCUCUGUCUCUCCUUCUCUUUUCUACCGAAGUAUAUAGUUUUUAAUAGUUGUAAGACCGAUUCAAGACAAUCGCAGCUUGAAGAAAUUCACGUAGAAAAUAAAAAAUAUUGAUAUUAUGUUAUGUAUAGAUUUUUUUUUUAUAUAAGAAUUUGUUUACUUGAACACAUUAAGAAGUUAAUUAAAUGUAUA